GCGGGGGAGGAGCGAGGAAGAUCAAAAGUCCCAUAUGACAGCGGGCGGGGCGGUGGCGGAGGGAAUAGUCCCGCUGGCCGAGGAGCAGCAGACAGGUCGCUGAUACUCAACCUGGAAACAGUUCCCUCCCUUGCAUCGGAAAUUGCGGGCGGCUUUUCUAAACGCUGACAUGCACACCCCGCACACCCCGAGCCCCUAAGGAAACCCCACGUAGCGGUGAGCAGCGCAGAUCGGCCAAACCCGAUAAAACUGAUGCUUCUGCACUCUCAAAGUUGGUGCAUGUGCGUUUUGGGCUUCUGUUGAAUGUACUUUUAUUGUUCUGCAAUCAACUUUUCGAUAUUCUGGAUCGGAUGUGCUAGGAGCCAGCCUCACUUCUGCAGAGAUGUUAGCAGAGACAGUGAGUGAAACAAACGGUGGAGAUGCUUUUAAAGAGGGAAUAAAUCACUGUCUUGCCUAAGGACAAUGCGGUUGAGGAUGAGAAGCUGUGGCCUGGGCAGCCUAUCAAGGGGAGAAAACCACAGUAGAACUUACCCUGGCUUGGUUGUUUUGUUGUUUUAUUUUUUUUUUUUGGUGUGCGGGGGUUUUGUUUUGUUGUGGUUUUUUAAUUGGACAAAAAUAAAGGUUGAUUUCUGGCAUAUUUCUGGAGCUUUAAAGGAUGUUUACCAGAGAGUUUCCAGCACUUAGUGGGAAUAUCCUCAUAGAGUCCUGGACUUUGCCAUCAACCCUCAGCCCUGUGACACUGAUGAGAAGUGGCACCAACUUUCUAGCUACGUAUGUAAAAUCUGGCAAUAGUACAGAACAAAUUCAGGUCUGGUAGGCAUUCGUCUUCAUUCAGUUCUGAGGCUGAGAACUUGCAGUUAGAAAGUCGUCAGCUUACACCACAACUUGAAAGCUUGGUGGUCCUUUACACUGGAUACGCUGCCUGAGGAGCAGGGUGCUGGUGCCAGAAAAAAAGAAUGAUUGAUGGGAAACAGACACCAGCCUGCAGACACUCAUCCUUUUGCUUCACAUACUGAUUUAUCAGUGCGUCUGGGCAUCCCCUGCAAGCCCUGAAUACGGAGGAUCACUCAGGGUUAUCGACAGUGUAGCUGAAGACCUGCAACUUCACAAAUUAUUAUCUGCUAUUGGACAUCUUUUACAAGAAGCCGUGACAGAUAAAUUAUAAGACAAAGGACAAUCACUGUGUUGCUGCGAAAGGUUGUCAUCACGGUCUGGGUGGCUUCUACCAAAGUCUACAACUUAGCGAAGCAAACAUCCAAUCCUAAUGCUUCAUGUCUGAGUUGGAACCUAUUUUAUAAAAUAUAUACAUGUAUAUGUAAAUAUAUGUAUCAUCUGUAGACUGCACCUACGCCAGUACUAAACGUCCUUACGAAGGUGACAUAAAAGGAUUUAGAAAUGUAUUUGUCAAGAUUCCUGUCACUUCACGCCCUCUGGGUUACCGUAUCCUCCAUGAUGCAGCACUACCCUUCCGUGUGGGGACACUAUGAUGUGUGUAAGACUCAGAUUUACACAGAAGAAGGAAAAGUAUGGGAUUACAUGGCCUGCCAGCCGGAAGCCAGAGACAUGAUCAAGUACGUAAAAGUGACUCUGGAUCCCCCAGACAUAACAUGUGGAGAUCCUCCUGAGACUUUCUGUGCAAUGGGGAAUCCCUACAUGUGCAAUAAUGAAUGUGAUGCGAGUACCCAAGAACUGGCUCAUCCUCCAGAACUGAUGUUCGAUCUCGAAGGAAGACAUCCCUCCACAUUUUGGCAGUCCACAACUUGGAAGGAUUAUCCAAAGCCUCUUCAUGUUAAUAUUACGCUCUCCUGGAACAAAACCAUUGAGCUCACAGAUAACAUAGUUAUCACUUUUGAAUCUGGCCGUCCAGACCAAAUGAUCCUGGAGAAAUCGCUUGACUAUGGACGAACAUGGCAGCCCUACCAAUAUUAUGCCACGGACUGCUUAGAUGCUUUCCACAUGGAUCCAAAAUCAGUGAGGGAUUUAUCACAGCACACAGUCCUAGAAAUCAUUUGCACAGAGGAAUACUCUACUGGGUACAUGACAAAUAGUAAAAUAAUCCACUUUGAAAUCAAAGAUAGAUUUGCUUUUUUUGCUGGACCUCGGCUUCAUAAUAUGGCUUCUCUUUAUGGCCAGCUUGACACAACCAAGAAGUUAAGAGAUUUCUUUACCAUCACAGAUCUGAGGAUAAGACUGCUUAGGCCAGCGACUGGAGAAAUAUAUGUAGAUGAGCAACACCUGGCACGCUACUUUUAUGCAAUAUCAGACAUAAGGGUAUAUGGAAGGUGUAAGUGCAACCUUCAUGCUACUGGCUGUAAAGAAGAAAACAAAAGACUACUUUGUGAAUGUGAGCAUAAUACAACUGGCCCAGACUGUGGAAAAUGCAAGAAGAAUUACCAGGGCCGACCGUGGAGUCCUGGUUCUUAUCUGCCUAUACCUAAGGGCACUGCUAAUAUCUGUAUACCCAGUAUUUCCAGUAUUGGUAAUCCUCCCAAGUUUGAUAGGAUAUGGCCGAAUAUUUCUUCCCUUGAGGUUUCUAAACCAAACCAAGUUGCUCCCAAAUUAGCUAUGUCAACUGUUUCUUCUGUUCAAGUUGCAAACCACAAGAGAGACUGUGAAUGCUUCGGGCACUCCAACCGGUGCAGUUACAUCGAGCUGCUCAAUACGGUCAUUUGCGUGAGCUGUAAGCACAACACUAGAGGUCAGCACUGUGAGUUAUGCAGGCUGGGCUACUUCAGAAAUGCUUCUGCAGAGCUGGACGAUGAAAAUGUGUGCAUAGACUGUUAUUGUAAUCCUUUUGGUUCAGUCCAUGAUCGCUGUAAUGACAGAGGAUUUUGUGAGUGUAAGGAGGGAACAUCAGGGCCUAAAUGUGAUAAAUGUCUGCCGGGAUAUAUCUGGCACAGCUUGGGCUGUCAACCAAAUGUAUGUGACAAUGAACUACUGCAUUGCCAGAACGGAGGAACAUGCAUCAAUAAUGUGCGAUGCCAGUGCCCUCCGGCUUACACUGGCAUUUUAUGCGAGAAGUUGAAGUGUGAAAGGGAUCCAGGAGGCUGCAGCCAAAACUCUGGCCAGGGGGCAACACCACACAGGCCUCUAUUACUGCUGACUGCUCUACUAGGCGCAACUGGGCUUUGCAUAUGCUAGACUCCGAAUGGUUGAUGGCAUCACAUUCAGACUACUUCAAAUGAAUGUGCCACAUGAAAACAGAACAAAACCCAAACGUUUGCUACUGAAAUUUAAAAAGGAAAAAAGAGAGGAAAAAAGAACCACAUACAAACUAAGAAGGCCUAACUGAACUAAGCCAUAUUAAUCAGUUACGGGCAGGGCUCUGGGUCAAGACUGUUCACCUCUGACUUGAGGCAAGUCGGUGGCUGCCUAGUCUGUCAAAUCAAUGCUAGAUGCAAAGCUUACACAGGAUUGAGACACCUUUGACAGCCCCCAGGAUGGGAAUCGGAGCUGAAAAACAUUUGCUACUCCUAUAUGAUGCACGACUGUACCUCUGCCCAGUGUGUGGACCGACCAAAUAAAGGCAUUCUUUGCUGUCAGUGCAUUGUGGGUAUAAGGAAAUCUGUAAAAGCUGCCAUAUUGGCCUGCUUCAGUCCCUGAAUCCUUUCCUGUGCUUUAGUGAACGUUGCUCUGUAACCCUUGUUGGUUGAAAGAUUUCUUUGUCUGAUGUUAGUGAUGCACAUGUGUAACAGCCCCCUCAAUAAAAUUCAAGCCAGUCAUAUCCUUGUAUACCUUAGCAGCACUGCAUCAGUAAGAUGCUGUGUUCACCUACUGUACAAGAGUGGCUAUAGGACAAAAAGUGUAUUUAUCCUUUUGUAUUCAAAUGAAGUUAUUUUUCUUGAAAUAAUGUACAAUGUAGAUUUUUUGUAUUAUUGCCUAUUUGUGUUACCAGACAAUUUGUUAAUGUAUUUAAUUCUAAUCAGAUAAGAGAAAAAUAUUACUUUUUAUUUAGUCCUUUUCUUUUUCCUUUCAUUUAAUUGUGCAGAGAUUUCUCUGUAUGGGCAACGUGCUGGCAUCAAAGAAUAUCAGUUUACAUAUAUAACAAGUGUAAUAAGAUUCCACCAAAGGACAUUCUAAAUGUUUUCUUGUUGCUUUAACACUGGAAGAUUUCAAAGAAUAAAAAUUCCUGCAUAAACAGUUC